CCAGCAGGAAUGGAGCUGCCUUCCUGGGAAUCCAGCAGGAAUGGAGCAAACGAGAAUGGAGCUGCCUUCCUGGGAAUCACCGCAGGAACGCCUGCAAGCCCUUACCACUGUGGGGCUGGGCUGGUUCAUGCUUCUGGGGGAACACAGAAGCCAGGGGAGCCCACCCGUGCCCCGAGCUCCCCAGGACCAGCUCCUCUCCGCUCCCAGACCUCGCAGAGGGACUGUCACACCAGGGGAGAAAACGGCAGCAAGAGUCACAGGAUGACUCUGUGGGCUGAAGCCCUACACGCAGGGACUGGCAGUCCAAGAAAACAAGCAGAGAAACAAGCCAAGCCUUAAGCCGGAGCCUAAAAAUCCAUUUUACAGAGCUGCAGAGAGUUACCAGAGCUUUGCUGGUUAUGAAGGUGAUGUCCUCGUGGAAAAGGCACCUGAGCACUCUCUGCAGUGCAAAGCAGGUGUUACAGGGAAGAGAAAGACCAGGCUAAAGACAUGUAUUUGUUGGUUAAGCAGCACUUGUAGCAGCGUGGCAUUAUCACUUGCAUCGUCUUCAUUGCAGGGAUGGUUUUAUAACAGACUCUGAAGGAGAAACCGUCUUUUAGUCCUCUCUUCAUAAAGAGUAUGGGAUCAAAAGACAGGCGUGAGUGACAUAAGCAUUCAGGUUCAUUCAGACCGCAGAAGUUUGAGGAAACAUGCACAAAGUUCUUUCUUUAUGUGAAGUUCUGUCGGGAAGUGGUUCACGGCAAAUGGCGUUUUACUACUAUUGUUUAGAGACAGUUGCUUCAAGUUAGAAUUUUGCAGGGUGUCUGUAAAGCAGGGGAAUUCCUCUCAAAUUCUUGCAAUUUCUGCUCCUGGCCUCUUCGCUUCUCCUGCUUCCCCUUCCAUGAUGUCACCCGCAUCAUUAGAGGGGUAAAACCAACCAAUUUUGGGUUCCAUACUCAGUACAGUGGCAGCACCUCUCCUAUUGCUGUGAGUAUUUUGACCAUCUCCAAUUUGCUCAGCAAGGCACAUCUAGACUUCAGAAAAUUUUUAGUGUGUCCAGUUUUAAACUCUGGGCAUCAAUACAUUAAAAAAAAUAAUUAAACCUCAAGAACCGAGCAAAGACUAACUGAACUGCAAGCUGCAAAACAGACUUUGUUAAACUAACUGCAAACUGGAGCAGGAGAAAAUUUCCAGCAACAGAAGCAUCGCAAUCCAAGACAUCAGAAAAAUUCCUAAUUUUUGAAGUUUGCCAAGUGAAAAUUCGUGAAGGCUGGACAUGGCGGUUUUCUUUCUCUUAGCAGCCUUGCUGCAAGAGCCAGUUUCAAGCACCUUGUACGGAUCCAAGUUUUUGACAGGUGAGGUUGGAGGAUCGGUCACCCAUCAGUGCUUCUACUCCAUCACGCCAGCCAACAAACAUGACCGAAAAUAUUGGUGCAAACUCGCAAGAAACAGGGUUUGCUACACCGUUAUUUCUACAACCGGCUACACCUCAAAAGACCAUGAGGGGCGAGUGUCUCUCAAGGACAUCCCCCAGAACGGCACCUUCAUGGUGACGAUGACAGGGCUGAAGAAGAGCGACACGGGGACCUACCGAUGUGGCAUCGGCACCUCCAACAGCGACCUGUACGUCAGCCUGAACCUGACGGUUGUGGCAGAUGCCAGGGUGCUGGGGCCGAUCAACCUCAUCCAGGGGGAGCUCCGUGGCUCUGUCAUGGUCCUGUGCCCACCCAGGGACACCCAAGGUGGCGAGAAGAGGUUCUGGUGCAAAUUGGGCAGAACCAGCUGCACUCUCAUAGCUGACACCGAUGGCUACGUGGGCAAAAGUCACGAAGGACGAAUCUCUAUCACCCCUCAGGAGAGCUCUGGAGCUUUCAAAAUCUUGAUAAAUGACUUAAAAAAGGAAGAUUCGGGGCUGUACAGGUGCGGGACAGGAAGGCUUAGCAGCCAGAACAGCCCACGGGUGGUGGCUCUGCAGGUGACCACAGCCUCCACUCUUCCCAAGAGACCAAAAUUUCUCAGCGGCACGGUCGGAGGCUCACUGUCCUUGAAGUGCCACUAUGAUCCCCAGGGGAGCUACGAGAAGAAGUAUUUGUGCAGGUGGAAGGAAGCUAGCUGCUCACUGCUCAUGGAUGCGGAUGGGUUUGUGCACGAGUCCUAUGAAGGGCGAAUACAAAUAGCCAGCAGCGACCUGGAAAAUGGGUCUUACACGGUGGUGAUGAGCCACCUGAGAGAGGAGGAUGCAGGAUGGUACUGGUGCGGGGCUAAAAACGGGCACACAGAGCACACAUCCUCUGUGAAGCUGCUCAUCCAGAAGGAAAUCUGCUCUUCACAAGACCUAGAAACAUCCGCUCUUGUGCAACCCUCUUUAUCAAGCCUGGCCACCCACAGCACGCCCACGCAGAGGAGCAUCACAGGCCUGACGUACACAAUGGGCACCGUCACAGAGAGCACCAGCACCCUGCUGCCCACUGCCCCCCCCAGCACCUUUGUAACCUCCCCAGGCAAAAUCUAUCACAAGAGCUCAUCAGGUGAAUCACGCCUGCUCCCAGUUGUGUUACCAGCUCUCAUUUCACUGAUUUUCAUCACUAUCGCUAUUCUCACCCUGACCAAAAUGAAGUUUCAAAAGGAGACAGCAACCCUACAGGGGAAAAAAGAACUUUUCAAGUGACCAAUGAAGACCUGAGGCAGAACCCCCUUCCACCAAAGCCCCCAAGUACAUGUGUUUGGAAUUUUCCCUAGGGAAAGCCAAGACAUGGCUAUAAACUGCAAAGCGCCCGGCACCACUUGUUGCUCACUGCCCUGCUCAGAAGUCAAAUGGCCCGUGUUAAGAGCCAAACCCCCACAGGCUGCCCCAACGUCACUUGCUACAUGGUUUACACAAGAAAGAAUAAAAUAAAGCACCUCUAAUCAAGCUAUUUGUGUACAACCCUGACCUUCUUUUGCAGAGGCUGAGCACUCCGAGGGAAAGGUGAAGCUGGGGAGGGGGCGUGGGAAGGAAGGACCAUCGUGGCUGUAGGUUUGCUCAGUGCUAGGCAAAAGAUGAGGGUUUUCUGUUUUUGUUUUUGUUUUUUUUAAAAAAAUCCUUAUCCAUUGGGUUAUUUUGCAACACGUAAACUGUAUCUGACUUCAGUCUACCACAGACACCCAAAUUCUCAAGUGCUGUUUUUCCUCCACCUCUUCUGCAAAACCAUCCACAGCUUCAAAAUCAAGUCGUUUCAGCCCAAACGCAGCCCAGACCCUAGCAGCAGCUUUGGUUGGUAUGCUUCAGGUUACAAGCAGCCUGUGCUUUGGCCAGAAAAAAAACCACCAAGCUCAGAGCUGUUUGUUUUCUGGAGAUGCCAAAGUGCUUUGGAAUCUGUGACUUGGCAGGAGGAUGCUUCCUCAUGUGUUAAACCAACAGAUUGGAUUUACCAGAAACCAUAAGGGUGGGGACAAGGGCUUGGUUAAAGAAACCGUUCAUCCACCUGGGACUAACAUUUCUUCCUUGAGAUGCACAAGCGGUUGCAGGUCCCCAUGGCUGGUUUCUGCCAGGACCCCCUCUGCUCC